GUGUUAGAACAAUGAUGAAAACAGUUCAGGAUAUUGGAUUUGCAUUUUCCUACUCUGCGAAACGUUUAGAUGCAUUCGCUACUGAGCUGUCUCAGGAUCCUGUAUCACGUGCCCAGAUGGAUGGUCGCCAGAAGUUGAAGACUCUCUGCGAAACGCGAUGGAUGAGUCGCACGGACGCUCUCACAACGUUCACACAGGCAUUUGCAGUUGUCGUCCAUGCCUUGGAAACAUUGGAAGCAGAUGGUGACGAUAAAGCAGGAGAACACGUGCGUGCAAUCCUGAGAUUCGAGUUUAUCCUUACACUCGUGGCAUGUGAACAGGUACUCAGCUCCCUCGUUGGAUUGACUGCAAUCUUACAGGAGGUUAGUAUGGAUUUACUUGAGGCUGUACGAGAGGCUGGUGUAGUCGUAGACAUCUUGCGAGCCGAGCGAAUGGAUGAAACUGUGUUUGAUGCCAUUUUCCAGAAGGCAGCUGAUAUUGCUUCGGAGUUCCAAAUUGAUGCAAGCGUGCCUCGCCAGAACCAACGUCAACGGAACAGGGCGAAUUACCAAGUUGAAGACCCGAAGACAUACUGGCGCAUUGCUUUGUACAAUGUUUUCGUCGAUCACCUCAUUGAAGAAGUAUCUAGCAGGGUAAUGGCCAACCAAGAACGGUUCUGUGCACAGUUGCUCUUACCAGUCCGGUUGAGGGAUCUUGACGAUGGUCAGACUGAUGUUAUUUAUAACAGCUUUAAGGACGAUAUAGAAUCGCCGAAAGAAGCGUUUGCUGACGAGGUUCGACGAUGGAAAGUGCGUUGGACCAAUGAUGAUAUCCAAAAGCCUACUACGCUGCUAGCAACGCUGGAUGCAACACCACGGACAGCCUAUCCCGGCAUUCAUCGUGUGCUGUCGAUACUCUGUGUAAUGCCAGCCACGUCUGCAUCGUGUGAGCGCUCGUUUAGCUCAAUGCGUCGCAUAAAGGCGUACCUUCGCAGUACUAUGACCGGUGAAAGGUUGUCUAACCUGGGCAUAUUACACAUUCACCGAGAGGCAGACGUUGACAUCGACACAAUCAUCAACAAAUUCGCGUCUGCCAAAUGCAGAAACAUGGAGUUUAUUUAACUCUUACCGUAAAUUAUAAAUUGGUAAAUAUUAUGUGAAAGAAAUUAAAUAUCGU